AUGGAACAUUUGCCGCCCGUGUGGCAGAUGUUGCGGCAAGACAGAAUCUCUUUCCCCAGAAAGGAGGUGCGUGAAGAGUCUUUAUCCUCUAGGAUAGAGAUGGUGAGUGUGGGAGUCAGUACAGAGCCCUGCCAUGCCAGGUGGGAGGUAGAGACAGAUGCAAUUGUCCUACAGCGGCGGCAAAAGCAGAUAGAUUAUGGCAAGCGCACACCUGGUUACCAGUGCUUUCUGCAGCAGGUCCCCAAGGCACAGCGACAGCCAGGACUUCACCCUCAAACACCAAACAAGAACAGGAGGUACAGCCGUCGCUCCUGGGAUGCCCAGAUCAGGCAGUGGAGAAGAGCCCUACAUUCCUGGGACCCCCCCAGCCAGCCUCUGCAGGCUGAGGGGUGGGGAAUGGACAAUCUCUUAGAGCCAAUGGAUUCUACCCCUUUGGAUGACUGGCUCCAGACCCUGGAACCCUCAGAGAAUCUGGAUGGAGAACAGAAGGGAGCCCAGUUUGCAGGUUUGGUGGCUCCUGUCUCCUCCGUUCCCUGGCUCUGUGAGGAAGAUCCCCACCACUGGCUCUACCUUCUAGCUGAUCACAAUUACUUAUCUGUCCCAGACUUGAGGGCCCGUUGGUUCGGGCCGGCGCCUUUUAAGGGCACCGUGGGGCGAACGGAGCGCUCAGAGCUGCUCCGGCCGCGGCCCUGGGAGCAGGAGGAGCCGCGGUAG